GCGAAAGGGACGGGCAAGAUGUCGACAGGUUGCGCGCCCACGGUAUCGAACUGGUGAUGCUCUGUCACGGUUCCGACAUUAAAUGGAAUUUUAAUUAUUAAAACUCUUAUUUGGCAAUUUAACGAUGGGAAACUGUUUCAAGUCGCAGACGGGCGACGACGUCUCGCUGUUAAAUGACUCGGCGAGUUACGCCGGAGAUGGAGCGGGCGGCGAAGCCGCCAGGCCUGGGUCUCGGCCCGGGGCUGCCCUUCAUAGGCCGCCGGCGGCCUCGCCACCGGAGCAGGAGCAACCACGAGUUCCAGUUUAUCACCCAACACCGAGCCAAACUCGCCUGGCAACACAGCUGACAGAGGAUGAACAAAUCCGAAUAGCACAGAGGCUUGGCCUAAUCCAGCACCUUCCCAAGGGCAGCUUUGACAGAGGCAGGGAAGCCCAGAGCAAGAAGAUCAAGGAGUGUGUGAUCUGUAUGAUGGACUUUGAGUAUGGUGACCCGAUCCGGUUCCUGCCGUGUAUGCACAUCUACCACAUGGAAUGCAUCGAUGAGUGGCUCAUGAGGUCCUUCACUUGCCCGUCAUGUAUGGAGCCUGUGGAUGCUGCCUUGCUCUCUUCCUACAAGACCAACUGACCUGACUUGCUGAACCUCACUGCAGUUUGAAUGUUGUGCCACCAAAAGAAAAGGAGAAAAAAAGGGCUGGGGGGAGGGAGUGAAAUGGGGGAAACAUUGAACUCAUUUGGAGCAAAGAAUUCUCCUCUUGUCUCUUACCCAUCCCCCCCAUCCCAUGCCAAAAAUCAACCAUAGCUUUUGUUUAUACCAGACAGUGCAUCUGCCUAGUUGACAAUGCCGCCUUUUGGCCAGAUGUUCUACUUAAUACUGACCAGCAAAAAGGGAGGUGAUUAAAACCAUAGCGAAGGCUAUGCUUGAACAGCUCAAAGGUGUUUGGUUUUUUAGCUUUCCUUUGCACAUUCUGUUUUGAUGGCCUUCAUGUUGAUUGCCCUUGCUUGCUCUGGGACAAAGCAGCAACUUUGUACUAUGUGUCUUUUAGAGGAAAUUUUCCUCCUGUUGUCACACAGGCAUGGGGUGGGGGGCAGUUGCCACGAUGUCCUUCCCUUGGAGGCUGCUCCCAGUUGUGAUUGGCUUUGGGCUGAGUUUAGACAGGAGGCACCUGAAUAACCCUGUCUGAGGAGUUGGAUGAUUCCACUCAAGGUGUGGAGUUGAAGAAUCAUUUGAAUGGAGAGGCACUGAACCUUGAUGUCGGUGGGAUUAUAUCUUUUUCAGACUCGGGAUGUGGUCACAUGUGGCUAGGGUGUGCUGUCUAUGAUGACGUGCUGUCUUGGGACUUCUGCACCGGGAAGGUGCGUUAUUGCCAUUUCUCUGUGUGGCUACACUUCAGCUGUUGAGAUGGAGCUAGCCUCCAGACAAAUGGGAAACACAUGAAUCUCCAUUGUCUCUACUCCAGCCUUGAACUGCAGUACACAGAUGAUGUUUCUGUAUACGCCUGGAGGAGAGCUUGGAAUUAGUGUGAGCCCAUUCAGCACAGUCCGUGAGAGAAUGUCUCCUCACUAAACAUUCUCACCAACCUGGCCUGGCCACACAGCCAAUCCUCUGACUACGGCACUCAAAUAUGUGGAUCUCUCCCAAUGUUGAGAGGUACGCCUUGGCGAAAGGUAUUGAUGCAGUGUAACUAACACACGCACGUGCACACAAACACACACUCUCUACCUACCCCUCCCUCUCGAGCUGAGGAGAGGAGAUUUUGAGCACCAGGCUUGUUGUUGACCAGGCUGUAGUGAUCUCCACACAACUUGUGCUUUGGAACCAUGGAUUACUAGCACCUUAAAGCACCAAAAUGUUUCACCAAAUGCUGACUGCAGAAUCCUCCCAAUUCAUUAGUAAACCAACCAGCAUGUUCUGCCAGGCAAGCAUUGCUAACACUGAGAAGUACAGUGUUCAUUCUGCUCUGCUACCCAGACUGUGGACACACAUCACACCAGAUCUUCUAAUGGUUCGUCCAUUCCGUGUUCUGUCCAGCAAGGGAUUGACCUCCUUCCAGGUGUUACUUCACUGACCCAUGGAAGUCCCUGACCUUUGACCAGGUAAAAUGGAAGAGCAUGUAGGGGAUGACUAAUUUCCUGGGGUUAUUUUGGUGGAAACACAGGCGCAGCUCAAACUGUCUGUACACCUGUGUUGUCAAGCAUGCAUUCGCCUUGUCCACAGUGCUGGAGUGGGAGAAGUUGCUGCUUUUGGGUUGGGAGUUCUGUGAUUUAAGCAUAGUAGUGUUGUAUGGGUGGCCUUGUUUCUGGGUUUGGGUGCCACGUGGCAUUCCCGUGUCCAGCUGCCGCUCACCUAUCCACCAGUUAAGUGAAUUAAUAGUAGCCCUCUUGCCCAAGGCUUCAGAGCCCACUACUGCAGCCUACCCAUGUUCCUCAGGGGUUAGGAUCCAGCUUAGGCUUUCUUGCCUGAAUGCUGAGAACUCUUAACUGCAAGAAUGGGACAAGUUGUUUGAAACAUGAUGGAAAGAUUCGAAUAUGUAAGCUGUGCUUUGCCUUGUACCACGUUGCGGACUGUGCUGAGUAGGAAUGUGUUUUUCAGUUGCAUCUGCCCCUAAUCUUGACCAACAGGCUCUGGGUGCUUCCGACCACAGUGGGGAAAAGGGUUCUGAGUUGCAUUGGUAUGCUUGGAUGACUCUGGGUUGGAUUCUAACACUGGAGACCUGGGAGAAACCUCCCAUUGGCCUGUAGACACAUGGAACACCACAGUUAUCUGCAAGCUCUGAGAUUUGCCCAAUUUAUAGCGCUUGUACACUCCAGGGAUCUCAAGCUAAUGUAGGAUUUUUAAAAAAAUCUUGGUACUCAUUAACUAACAGUAAAUGUGAAUAUUAGUACUGAAGGUGACAAGUGCAGGAAGACUAAUUCAUCAAAUAACCAGCUUCUUCCACUGAGAUGGUAAAUGUCCCCUCUCCUGUUCUCCCUCAUGUAAGGGAAAUGGUUUCAGUAAAUCACAUAAAGGUUUUAAACUAUUUCUAUAUAUCUAGACUGCUACACCAUUCUGUCAGUGGCAGCUGUGAGUGUGCUGCCCUUUGCAUGGAUGUUUUCUCUCCCAAAGGGUGUUAAGCUGGCCCGUGAGGGAAGCCUGCUAUCUGGCAGUCAUAAGUAGCCAUGUACCUUAAAGCAAGGAUUCACUGGGCAUGGUUUGGUUAUGAAUCCUUAAGUGUUGAUCAAUUCUGUUUAUUACUGCUUUUCCUUGUGGGUAGAUGCCAACUCUGUAUGGAUACAUUCCAGGCCCGGACUCCUGCCUAUUCUCUCUGAGCCCUGCUGUCACGUGGCCAAUAAUUUGGGUGCAUUGCUGGUUAACCCUUGGCCAACAUCACCAAUUCUUCCAACACUGUACAGAAAGUGUUCAAAGAAUGGCUUUGUUUUUCACAUGCUCAUGUUUUUUUUCACCUGGGGUGUGAAAGUUGCCAAGAAGUUCAGUUUUAAUUCCUGGAGACUGACGGAGAAUUCUGGAAGGUUCUGUGUGUUUCAGAUCAGUUGAUAGUGACUAUCCUAGGGCCUGAAGCUCGUGUCUCUCUGAGCAAGCGACAAGUGAUACCUGAAUGUGGUCAGAUUUACUGUUAAAUGUGCAUUUGUAUAAAAUUCUCCUGUUUCUAGGUAAGGUGUUAAUGCAAAAAGUUAAAAUAAUCUAACAUAAGAUGGUGUCAUUGCACCCAGGACACUCAGUUGUUGAGCUUUUAUUUUUGAUUUUGUUGUUGACAAGUCGGAGUAGUAACGAAUUUUGGUUUUACCAGGGAUCUCUUGGUUUUCCUCUUAGAAAUGAUUUAGACAGGGUUUGGUUCCACUUGGUGACUGCAGUUGUUUCACCCCAGAGUUUUACAGUGGGUCUCUUGUUCGACCACAGGUGUAGGGCGUCAGUCUAACAUCUAUUCCCAGUUCACUUCCACCUUCCUGUAGCAGACUCCCCUCAAAUACCCUCUUGCUCAAGCUGGUGAUGCCUGGUCUCUGUUCCCAUACCAGCUGGUGCUUUUACCUGACAACAUCAGGUGGAACUUCAGAAGUGCCUGUUAGCCCUUAUGCUGCCUCAGAACCCUUUGGCUGAAAUGUCUGUGGGAUUCCACCCUGCUGUAUAGAGCAAGUGUUGGUGACUUGCUUUUUGCAUCUGUGAUGCCCUGGUGCUGUUCCUGAAAUGGAUUUGAGUUAAUUCCAUUGAUGGAACAUGAAGCUUUGGUGAGUUAAUAUGAUACUCUAUUUGGGUGUGGAUUUAAUGUAAACUUGCACAUUCUCUGAUAGAAAGGAAUGCAUAUGCAGAAACUGCAAUAAUGUGUGUAGAAAGUAUGUCCACGUAAACUUGUUCCAUGCUCUUAGAAAUGACAAAUGUUCAAUUAUGUUGGAAACGGGGUUUUUGAAUGGGGGAAAGUGUGACUUUGAAUAGGGCUCUGAACUAUGUUUUCUGCCAGUGUCCCUUACUGAUCAUGGGGACUUGGUCUAUAACAUCACAGAUCUUGGACUGUUACAUGUAGACUUGGCAUUAACAGCUUCCACUAUCAGAUGGACUACUGUUUGGGAAAUGGCAGUGCUGGGACUGCACGUUGAAAGCAAAUGGCCUAGGCAGGAACACAAAUGGCAAGGAAUUUUAGCAUUACUUUAUUGGAUGGGGAAGUUUAUAAUGAAAAUGAUCAAGGAUCAACUUCAUUAUAUAUAUAAUGUAUAUAUGAAAUUAAUUGUGACAGGGUUAGGAGACCUAUUUCAGUGUGGCUAGGGUUCCCCGCCAACAGGUUGUGGAAUCGCAAUGAGAUUAGAGUCUAUGUUGAUGGACAGCCUAGUGUUCAGAAGGUCAUCACUAUCUGACAGGGGAAGAAUAGCCAACCCAAUCUAUAAAGAAAACCAGUAUCAACUGCACUUUUUGAAAAUUUUGGAUGAUAAUCUUAGCCGAUGUAAGCUGGUAUCCUCUAGUCAGAGGUGUAAUUGUGGAUAUGUAGAGAUAAACUUGAACAUCCAGUUGGAAGUACAAGUCAAGAAAUAUAGAUAAUUGAAAUAGUGCUGUACUGGAAUCUUUCCUUUUACUCCUGCAACUUGUCAGUGCAUUAUAUUGGCAGUUUAAUUUACACUUAACUUCCCAUGUAUUAUCAGUUCCUUCAGCCAUGCUGAAGAUCUUUCAUCUGCACAACUCUCAUAGGCUGCACACUUUAGAGGUUAUCCUGCUGAGUGGUGGUUCUUCCAUAUCUGCUGCACCACCAGGAUCCCCACCACCAUUUUAAAGUCUUCAGACCUCAAACAUAGUCACUUUAAAACCCAAACAGAGUAAGACGUGUUUCACAAGGGUGUAGUCUAGGCCUGUCCUUUGGUUUGUGUAUAGCCAGUUGCUGCUGGCUACAUAAA